AUGAGUAUUCAGUUCUUUAUCUGCUUCAAUAGACAAGGUGUACUUCGUCUUGGCAGAUGGUUUGGACCAGUGGGUGAAAAUCUCCGCAAUCAAGGAGCUUUAAAUCAGAUUGUAAAGCUGGUUACGAACAGGGAUCCCCACUUGGAGUGCAACUUCGUGGCACUGUCUGAAAAUACCAAUCUAGUAUAUCAGCGUUAUGCGGGGUUAUACUUUGUGAUGGGUUCUUCAGCUUCUGAUAAUGAACUCAUAAUGCUUCAAAAUAUUCACUUAUUUGUGGAGGUACUUGAUGCGUUCAUGGGCAAAGCUUGUGAGCUUGAUGUUAUUUUUCGGUUCUACAAGGCGUAUAUGAUUAUGGAUGAGAUGUUCUCCGGGGGCGAACUGCGUGAGGCGUCGCGAGAUCAAAUCCUGGUCAGGCUCAAGCAGCUUGAUCAGUUGAACUGA